CGUUCUCCUUUUUCUUCUUCCCUCCUUACAAUGCACAUCAUUGGCUAUGUCCGAUAUAAGCCAUAUCUGAUAUGCCGAUAUUGUCCAAACACUUUUUUUUAAAAUUUUCGUAGGUAAAACCAAUAACAUUUUUUACAGAUAUAUAUCGAGUCGAAAAUAUCGUCAACCGAUAUUAUCGGACAUCUCUACACAUCAUCGUUGUUAUACUCCAUUUAAAUACAAAAAUUACCAGACACACUGACUAUGUUGAAGAUGUUAUACUAGUAAGUCUAAGGCUAAGCUAAGAUAUCCGUUUAGUUCCCUUCUUUUUCCGAUAUCUGUAGCCUCCACUGUAUCUAUUGCUUGCAUUACUGCCCCCUUCUGGACCUCUUUUUCACGACUGGUUGAAGUGAGUACCACUGGACCACAUACUUCCAUUGAAAAUACCUCAGAGGAUUUGGUUAAACUGUUGUUUGUUCUUGAGAAAAUUCCAGAAUGUUUUAUUUUUAUUUAACACCUAUUAAAUCCAAGUUCUCCCCGAAUUGAUUGCAUCAUUUUAGCCCCAAAAAUCGCAGCCAUUCUCCCGGCAGCAGCAGUUAAAGGCACAAUAGAAGCCUGGUCCAUUGAUCCACAGAUCCAGGCGCCGGUAGGAGUCUCGUAUUUCCACGCCUCCCACUUUCACCCCCACUGUGGCGAGUCUCCGGCUCACACACACACACACUCACACACACUCACUCACUUUGCCAGACUUCUAGGAGUUGUAGCUCGCGUUCGAAGACGGGACCGCUUCAGCCUAAGACAGAAAGACAACAAAAACAAACAAAAACACAAUCGUUUCGUCUAAAACCCCGCAUGGAUCUAUUUUCUUCUACUCGGGAAUUUGACGGAGCCGCGAUGAUCUGCGUGGCCCGGAUUUCUGGAGAGUCGCGCCGGAGCGAAGGAGCUCACACGCUCUUCGCUGCAAAGUUGUAAAACUUUUCUCCAUUGAAGUUUUUUUUUCUCCUCAAUCUCUCUUUCUUCACGCCACCAGAUCGGACUCCCGUGAUUUUUCCCCCCACCAGGCUGCAGAAAAGCCCCCGUAGACACCAUGGAGAAGAGGACUGCGGGGAAUCGUGCAGUUUCCAUACCGAGUACGCGCGCAGCUUUCCGGUGUAGGAGGGUUGACUUUCACCGGGGCUCGUUGGUUGUUUUUUUCCGGAGCGUCCUUUUAAUGUGCUCGGCUUUUUCUUUGUGUGGAUACUGCGGAGCCGAUACGGAGUUUUCCAUCCUGGAGGAAGCGCAAGUUUUGGCCGAUCAGAUGAAGAAGUUGUCCUCGCAAGAACUGGGAGUCUUCACCAUGCAGAGGAUUUUCAGCUCGUUUGUGUACACCGAGAAGACAUCAAACGGAGAGACGGAAGUGCAGCAGUUGGCCAAGAAGAUUCGGGAAAAGUUCAACCGCUACCUGGACGUAGUAAACAGGAACAAACAGGUGGUGGAGGCCUCGUACACCGCCCACCUCACGUCUCCGCUCACGGCCAUACAGGACUGCUGCUCCAUCCCUGCUUCAAUGAUGGAGUUUGACGGGAACUUCAAUACAAACGUCUCCAAGACCAUCUGCUGUGACCGACUCUCUCCCACCGUCAACAGCCGAGCCUUCAACCCUGGACGUGACCUCAACUCAGUGCUGGCAGACAACCUGAAGUCCAACCCAGGCAUCAAGUGGCAGUACUUCAGCUCGGAGGAGGGUAUCUUCACCGUCUUCCCCGCUCACAAGUUCCACUGCAAAGGCAGCUAUGAGCACCGCAGCAGGCCUGUGUACGUGUCUGCAGUGCGUCCUCAGUCCAAACACAUCGUAGUGAUGGUGGACCACGGGGCGUCGGUGACCAACACCCAGCUUCAGAUCGCCAAAGACUCCGCCCUCGUCAUCCUCAACGCUAUCGACGAACAUGACAAGGUUUCCAUCCUGUCAGUGGCCGAGACGGUUCGAUACUGUUCACUGGACCAGUGCUAUAAAAGUCUGCUGUCUCCAGCCACAAGUGAGACCAAGAGGAAGAUGAGCACCUUCAUCUCCAACAUCAAGGCUUCAGACGGAGCCACGCACCACGCAGCUGGCUUCCAGAAGGCUUUCCAGCUGCUCCGCAACACCACCAGCAUCGGCAGGCAGGGCAUCACCACAGACAUGGUCAUCAUCUACCUGUCGUCCGGCACCACGUCCAGAGAGUCGUCGGAGCCGGAGAAGAGGGCAACGCUCAGUGUCAUCAAGGAGGAGAACCGACACCUCAACAACUCCGUCAUGAUCCUCACCUACGCUCUCAUGCACGAGGGAGUAACAGGACUGAAGGAGUUGGCGUUCCUCCGGGACCUGGCGGAGCAGAACUCGGUCAAAUACGGGGUGGACAGAUCGUCAGACAGAGACCGUCUCUUCAUGGCUUCGUCCUCUUCGGGCUCGGGAGCUUCAGUCAUGCCAGUGGUGAAGGGGAGUAUGAUGGUGCUGAACCAGCUGAGCAACUUGGAGACAUCAGUGGGUCGCUUCUACAUCAACCUGCCCAACCGCAUGAUUGACCUGGCUCGGUUCAGCCUGCCCUACUCUGACCCACUGGGAGACGGUUUCAUCAUGACUGUGAGCCGACCCUGUUACUUUGGUAACCUGCUCCUGGGUGUGGUCGGGGUGGAUGUAAACCUGGCCUACAUUUUGGAGGAUGUCACCUACUAUCAGGACUCUCUGGCUUCAUACACCUUCCUCAUUGACAACAAAGGUUACACCCUGAUGCACCCGUCACUCACCAGGCCUUACCUGAUGACUGAGGCUCCUCUGCACACAGACAUCAUCCACUACGAGAACAUCCCAGGAUUCCCUGCUGUCAGACACAACAUUCUCAGCCUCCCUCUGGGCAGUCAGAUCAUCGCUGUUCCACGGAACUCCUCUCUUUCCUGGCACACCAACCGACUCAGAGACAACAGCAAAGACGCCUACAACGUCAGCUACGCCUGGAAACUGGUUCAGGACACGUCCUUCAUCCUGUGCAUCGUCUACAUACAGCCGGAGAUCCCAGUGAAGCAGCUGAAGAACCUAAACACAGCGCCCAGCUCCAAGCUCCUCUACCAUCGUCUGGACCUGCUGGGUCAGCCCAGUUCCUGCCUCCACUUCAAGCAGCUCGCCACCGUCGAAUCCCCCACAGUCAUGUUAGCGGCUGGUAGCUUCUCCUCACCUUACGAACACCUGAGUCAACCUGAAACGAAGCGUAUGGUGGAGCACUACACCGCCUACCUGAGUGAUAACACGAGGCUCAUAGCAAACCCUGGACUCAAGUCCUCCGUCAGGAACGAGGUUAUGGCGACCAGUCACGUCACGGAUGAGUGGAUGACACUAAUGGAAAUGAGUAGCCUCAACUGCUACAUUGUGCGCCGUUACAUAGCAACCCCCAGUGGGGUGCUGCGGAUUUACCCAGGAUCACUGAUGGACAAAGCCUUCGACCCGACCCGCAGACAAUGGUACCAGCACGCUGUGGCUAACCCAGGCCUUAUCACCUUCACUGGGCCUUAUCUGGAUGUGGGCGGAGCCGGAUAUGUUGUCACCAUCAGCCACACCAUCCAUGCCUCCAGCUCUCUGUCGGCCCCUGGUUAUGCUGUGGCAGUGAUGGGAAUAGACUUCACUCUCAGGUAUUUCUACAAAGUUCUGCUGGACCUGUUGCCCAUCUGCAACCAAGACAAAGGCAACAAGAUCAGGUGCUUCAUCAUGGAGGACAGAGGCUACCUGGUGGCCCACCCCACUCUGAUAGACCCCAAAGGUCAUGCCCCUGCAGAACAGCAGCACAUCACACACAAGGAGCCGCUGGUUGCCAACGACAUCCUGAACCACCCCAACUUUGUCAAGAAGAACUUGUGCAACAGCUUCAGCGACCGCACGGUGCAGCGUUUCUACAAAUUCAACACCAGCAUCGUGGGUGAUCUCACCAACUUGGUCCAUGGCAGCCAUUGCUCGAAGUACCGUCUGACUCGAAUCCCUGGCACCAACGCUUUCGCUGGCAUUGUCAACGAGACAUGUGACUCUCUGGCAUUCUGUGCCUGCAGCACCGUUGACCGUCUCUGUCUCAACUGUCACAGAAUGGAGCAGAAUGAGUGCGAGUGUCCAUGUGAGUGUCCUCUAGAGGUCAAUGAGUGCACAGGCAACCUCACCAAUGCUGAAAACAGGAAUCCCAGUUGUGAGGUGCACCAGGAGCCCAUCAGUCUGAAUGUGAUUGAUCCCAGUCUGCACGACACUCUGCCCCAGUGUAUUAACACUCGCUGCAGCCAGAGAUACAGCAGCAGUGACUGUUUCGGGGUGUUGGACUGUGAGUGGUGCACGGUGGACAGCGAUGGAAAGACUCAUCUGGACAAACCCUACUGUGCCCUGCAGAAGGAGUGUUUUGGGGGCAUUGUUGGAGCCAAGAGUCCGUAUGCAGACGGUCUGGGACUGAUGGAUGAAGAAGUGGCUUCUCUGAACAUGAUAAAGAGCGCUCCUGUCGGUCCUGUCGCUGGAGGCAUUAUGGGAUGUAUCAUGGUGUUGGUGCUGGCUGUGUACGCGUACAGACACCAGAUCCACAGGCGCUCGCAUCAGCACAUGUCACCACUGGCAGCACAAGAAAUGUCGGUGCGGAUGUCUAACCUGGAUAAUGAGAGAGACGAGAGGGACGAGGACAGCCACGAGGACAGAGGAAUCAUCAGUAAUACCAGAUUUAUAGCUGCUGUGAUUGAGAGACACACACACACUCCUGAGAGGAGACGGAGAUACUGGGGACGAUCCGGGACAGAAAGUGACCACGGCUACAGUACCAUGAGUCCACAGGAGGACAGCGAAAAUCCGCCCGGAAACAAUGAUCCGCUGUCUGCCGGCGUUGAUGUCGGUAACCACGAUGACGACCUGGACCUGGACACACCGCCGCAAACGGCUGCUUUGCUCAGUCACAAGUUCCACCCUUAUCGUCACACGCACACGCACCACCACCCGCUACACACGCACCACCUGCAGGCUGCGGUCACCGUGCACAGCGUGGACGCCGAGUGCUAAUCCACGGUCUGUGCGCCCAGGAAAUAAACUGUUUUAAGUAAAAAAAUAUAUAUAUAUUUUUAAUAAUGAAAUAAAAAGAAAAAACCUUAGGGCCUGUUUACACAGUGGGAACUGUAAGGUAGGGCGGAGUCAGAGGGUGCUGCAGCUGGACUCACCUGUGGAGCCACAGAGCCAACAGCAGCCCGACUUCACCUUAUCCUCAGUCAGCCCUCUCCACAUCUGGGCUGUGGGAUGAAUGCAGUAGGACAAAGGUCGACGAGACUAUUUUUCUAACAAAGCUAAGCUGUGUGGGAAACAGACAUUUUUUAAACUCAAACUUCACUGUUUGAACCUGGAACCUCAAAGCGGAAAACAUGGAAAACCAGAGCACAUACAGUCUGUACGACCAGUGGACAAUCAGAUAAAUCUGGUCAUCUGUAGUCCGAGGACCCUGGACAUCCUCAGACUGGACCCUCCUUACAUCUGUGAAAACUGCUUGGAAAAGUAACAUGAUCAUCUUCGCCUUCUGUGAUUUUACCGUGGAUUUUAUCGUAGUUUUAACCUCCGGUGAUAUGUACCAGGUCCAACAGUAGUAGUAUUGUCAUGCAUCUACAGAAUCAAACAGCUAAAAUACAAAAAUGUUGAGUUUCUUCUAUUUAUUUAAAAGCUUUAGAUUGAAGGGAUAAAAAAAAGUAAAGAACACAAACAGCUGCCACUAAAACAGUCAGUCGUCAGAAAAAUAAAAGAAAUCUUAGCUUUAUAUAUUCGGUAUCGUCUCAGACAAACUAAGAAAAUCCAGUGGCUCCUCUUGCCUUGGUUGCAAUGAUGCCACCUACUGGCGUUAUUCCUUUUGUCUGUAUUUCCCACAGGAAAUUUCUGGAUCAGGUUAAGACAAAAGGAAAUCUGACAUAUUCUGAAUCUGUUGGCGUCUCAGCUGAUCUACUGUCAUCACUUCCUGUGAACAAAUCAACUGUUAAUGAUCGUGAUGUUUUCAUACCUGCAUAGAAACCAGUAAAAAAAAAACAACAAGGUGACUGUUUUAGUUUACUGGUGAAAGAGUGAACCUGAACCCAGACGACAGCCCUGGCUUUGACACUGCUGAGGAUUCAGUGGGAGAGAAAAUCAGAGACGGUUCUGUCCUGGGUUGGAAAACCAGUACAGAUGGAGUAUUUUUAUUUUAUUUUUCCACCUUAUUAUAUCGUAUCAAAAAUGUCGUGCGUUGGUUCAGUUUUCAUUGCUGUCCACAAUGGAGUCUCCUUUUGUCAAAAAAAAAAGAUUGUAAAGAAGGAGACAUGCUGCUGUCACUGUACAGAGGUCACAGCCAUCUGUCCACUCCUCUGUGGUUAACCACUCGACAUGUCUGGUCUACACAUCUCUGCUUCAGUGUGUGCGUGUGCGUGCGUCUGUGUUUGUGAGAAAGAAUGGUUUUGGAACACUUGGACAUGUUCUUGUAUUUUUCUCAUGAUCGUAUUAGAGAAUUAUAGCUGAAAUUAUUCUAAAGGAAGGAAAUCCACUUAUUUUAAUGCUGAUGAAGAGUCACUUCAUCGCUCCGCUCCGUCAUGGCGGCCUCUAGCCACCUGUUGGUGCCAAACCGUGCUUUGUUUCAACAGAUUUUCAUUAUGACGUGUAAAUACAGAAUCAUAAAUAGAUAUUUUUGUCCCGUACACUCCAUGCUUUUGUCGGUCAGAUAUACGACGUACGCUUCAAGUGAUGCUCAGAGCAGUCAGUUGAAAUGUCCGUUCAUGGCGUCUCGCUAUAUAUAUUUUUUUGGACGCCUUGGACGUUUUAUGUUAGAUUUAUUUUUCUCUAGGUCCAUAUUGGAUGAAUGUCAGUACUUGGAAAAAUGAAUACACACUUUUUGUAUUUGAGAUUUUGUUUAUGUCGUUUUAAAGGGUUUUGUCAUGUGGCUUCAAAAUGUUAGAGGGCGUGUUUCUUCACGUAUGGAUUUUUAAGAUGUCGGUACAGUUCUUGUUCAACUUUAUGGCUGAAUCAUCAAACACCACUAAAGUAUCUAACAGAUAAAAAAAACCCAACUAAUCUAAUAUAACGAUGCAGUUCUCAAAUGUUCUAAGGUACUUUUCACUCCUCUUGGACACUGAUGCCUCAGCCGAUGUGUUCCUGGGAGGAGGUUUUAUUUCCCACAGUGGUUUAUUUUCAUAGAAGCCUCACAACAGUAUUUACAGCCAUUGUAGACUAUUAUAUUUUGUAUACGUGCGUGUGUGUAUCUGUGUGUGUGUAUGUGUGUGUGUGUAUGGGUGAACUAAUUUGUACAGGACACACUAUGAAUUGCAUUCAUGUACUGAAGGAACAUGUGUACGUCAGCCGCUCAUGUAUCAUAUAAAGUUAUCGAAUGGAGAUUUAUUGCAAUGUGAAUGUGAUAAAGUUGAUUUUACACUAAAACAGA